GUGUAAUUUGCGUCUGCGUUUUGUUUAUUUACUUUUACUUCUCUUUCUCUCUCUAAUAAAUAUCAGUGUCCAAACCACCACACCCCUCCUCCUCUAUACCCUUUCCUCCUUGUCUCUCUAUUUCUCUCUCUCUCUCUCUCAUCAAAAAAAGCUCUCGACGCUCAGAGUCUGCCUCACCGCCCUCCGAUCCCUCUUCGUCUUGGUUUAUGAGCUCGAAGGAGAGACCCACUCUCGGUGGCACGCGGAUUAAGACCCGCAAACGGAAUAUUGCAGCGCCGCUGGACCCUGCAGCUUUCGCGGAUGCAGUGGUCCAGAUUUAUCUGGAUAAUGCUGGUGAUCUGGAACUUAUUGCCAAGUGCAUUGAAUCUUCAGACCUUAACUUCUCAAGAUACGGUGACACUUUUUUUGAGGUUGUUUUCACUGGAGGCCGUACACAACCUGGAACAACAAAACCUGAUGAGGGGGAGCGCCACCCUUACUCUGUACUAGAGAGUGAGGCUACACGUGAAGUCAUCUUACCAUCUGUUAUCUACAUACAAAAAAUUUUGAGGCGGAGGCCAUUUCUGAUAAAGAAUCUCGAAAAUGUUAUGCGACGAUUCCUUCAGUCAUUGGAGCUUUUUGAGGAAAACGAAAGGAAGAAGUUGGCAAUUUUCACAGCGCUUGCAUUCUCUCAGAAGCUAUCGGGACUUCCACCCGAAACCGUGUUCCAGCCUAUGCUCAAGGAUAAUCUUGUUGGGAAAGGGCUAGUUCUAUCAUUUAUUACUGACUUCUUCAAAGAGUAUCUCAUUGAUAACAGCCUUGAUGAUCUGAUCUCCAUUCUGAAGCGGGGUAAAGUGGAGGACAAUCUUCUGGAGUUCUUCCCAUCCACAAAGCGGUCUGAUGAGAGUUUCUCUGAGCAUUUCACCAAGGAAGGGCUAGUAGCCUUAGUUGAAUACAAUGAAAAGAAAAUUUUCGAGGUGAAGCUUAAGGAAAUGAAAUCGGCAUUAACAACCCAGAUAACAGAAGAAACUGAUAUGUCUGAAGUGAUAGAAACUGUGAAGCAGCGUGUUAAAGAUGCUAAAUUGCCAGAUGUUGAGGUUGUGCGGAUUCUGUGGGAUGUCAUUAUGGAUGCAGUGCAGUGGUCUGGUAAGAACCAGCAGCAGAACGCCAAUGCAGCUCUUCGCCAGGUGAAAACAUGGGCAGAACUGUUGAAUACCUUCUGCACCAAUGGGAAGCUGGAGCUGGAACUGAUUUACAAAGUCCAAAUGCAGUGCUAUGAGGAUGCUAAGCUGAUGAAGCUGUUUCCUGAAAUUGUGAGGUCCCUCUAUGACCAGGAUGUGCUUGCAGAAGACACCAUUCUCCAUUGGUUCCGCCGAGGAACAAACCCCAAGGGGAGGCAAACUUUUGUGAAGGCUCUGGAGCCAUUUGUGAACUGGCUGGAGGAGGCAGAAGAGGAGGAAUAGAUGCACCAGCAGCCAGCUGAUGAUGUUACUGAUCACUGCAAUGCCUGUUGGGAGCCUCUUCUUUACUAUCAAUCUUAUCCGUUCUCCGAGAUUAUCGACUCAUAAAAAUAUUCUAUAACCUACCUAUCUACCUACUUGUGUCUUUGUUGAUUGAAUGUUUUUGU